CAAAGUCAAUGUUACCCGAACCCUAACCCUAACCUUAACCCUCUGACCGUUGAAAUAAGCGAAAGUUGAAGUAACCGGAAUUGAAAUAAACGAGACGUGACUGUACAUAUGUACGCUGGGUCCAAAGUCCAUCGCUGCAUUCAUCGCCCUACGACCGUCUGCCGCUUCUACCUUCAGGUCUGCUUUCCUUUCGCCGUCAAGCGUCGCCAUGGACCAGAAGCAAUCGAUUGCGAAAGCGCCCGCGAUGCUCAACAUCGAGCAGAAGCAGCGCGUGCUCCAGCGUCUUCGCUCCUAUUCCUCGCCGUUCUUCGCAAACGGUGCAACUCUCGCUGACGAACUCGCCUUCGUUUCAUGGUACCACCGUAGUCCUCAAAACAGAGCCCUUCAUGUCUGCUCCGUCGGGCUAGGCUUUGCAUUUGCGUCAACUACGCUGGCACCGCUGCCCAUCGCUCGCAUGGGCGUCAAGGAGGCUACCGCUACCGCCGUGCGGUCCUCUCGCCCAUCUGCACUGGUUUUCGGCAUCCCGGCCAUCUACACGGCGUACUUUACGAAUCUCUUCCCGGAAACGUUGAUCCCUGCCACGGCGUACAUGGGGGCCGUCGGUCUCGGUGCCGCGGCUAUGUACAAGGCCGCUCAACGCGUGCGACCGGUGAACCCUUUUGCAUGGGCUGCUGGUGCCGCUACAUGCUCGGCUAUCGCCUUUGCGGCCCAGGGUCAGGCUCACGUGGUCUUUGAAGGCAAGCAACCCGCCUUACGCAUCUUUGAAGCCGCCGUCACUGCGCCUUUUGCCACUGUGUUGUGGCUUUCAUCGUACCUGGGAUGGUCGGAAGGCAGGGAGAUCCUUAACCAGGUUGAGACGCUUUCGCAAGAAACUACGUGGCAGAGGCAGUUUAUCCCCGCCCAUGAUUUGGGACUUGAGCAAUCCACCACCGACAACACGCGUUGGUGGAAACGGCUAGACAAGAGCCCAAGUCUUUUAUCUAAGACAACUUUGUCGGACAGUGUUGAGACUUUGGAAGUGCCGUCGACGGAGAAUGUUGAGGCCGGGAAAGUAGAUCAUUCGUCAAGCAAGGUUUCCCAAGCUCAUGGCUUGAAGACCAUCAGCGUGGAUCAGCCGCGAAGGGGGGCGACUGAUGCGCCGAUGUUCCGUACAUCGCUCGAAAAGGCGAAACAGGUUAGACUAGUUAGACAGUUGCCGGUAGACCCUGGUUGUAGGAGGCCGGGUAAGGCCGACUCACCGAAGGCAAAGGGGCUAGUCUUAUUCUGGAGGUACACCGACUUCAACGCUGCAAACCACAACUACCUUGCGCUUUUGAUCGAGUAUUAUCAAGCAACGAAGGUGGGCACCAUAUUCCUGAGAGUGAGCAGCGGCCGCAACCGUACCCGAUAUGGGUUCCUCGCUCUCUCAUAUUCAUGUACCAGCCACGACAACGACGACGACGACGACACAGUCCGAACGGAUCCCUUAAACUGGUUCAGCACGCUCGCACCCAACAUCAAUUUCACUCAUCCUAUCCGCGUUCGUCUUCACCAAUCCCGCGAUCGUAACCAAAGCCUAAACUUAGAAGUUCCGAGCCUGACUCUAGAGGGGAUACGCGUUUUUGGGCUGCCCACGGUUGGGCCCAAGCUUGGGCUGCGUACCACGAUAGCUUUGCCGGGGUUGGGAGAGGACGGAUUGAGCACGAUCGCAGCAACCACAUUCUUACUUGCGACUCACCGGCACAUGGACUCCGCCAGGGCAUUGAUAUACCAGGCGUGUGUGGAAGACUUCUGGAUACGAUGCGGCUGGCGUGUGGGCAUCAACCAGGCUGGGUUGCGGGAGAUAACAUUCAAUGCAGGCGCUGGUCACGGAGCUCAUCAGGAUGCGAACCACCAUGUAGGAAAAGACUACCGUGAAAAAGACUCGACGGACGCGGACGGAGUAUAGCGUAGAAUUUGGGGAUUUAUACCGCACCGCAUGUUUUGAUAGAUCAUCCAUGCGAUCAUAGUUUCCGAGAUUUGCACGGGAUCCCCGCCGGAUUCCCUGCACUUUCGAUAUAAUGGCAAAUCAAGCUUUCGGCUCAUGCAAGAGAGUGCUUUAUAAAGGUCGCUAUGCGUGAAUUUGUCCGCGAGCAACCAUCAGAAAUCAGAAGUUGACGAAAAGUUUUUGAUUUGAAGUACUAUAACACAUCUCAAUCCAAGAGAGCCCGGAACCGCUCGUCCAUAUCCUUGUGCAGAGUGGCGUACCGUUCCUUAAUAACAUCCUCGCCAUCUGCUGGGUCCUGUUUGUAGAAAGAGAAUCAUAUCAGUUCUUCAAACUCGACCCUCUUCAUCCAGCUAACAAAAACUCCGAACAUACCUCAAACUUCAUCGAGCUAAGC